AUGGAGGGAAGGCGGGCUCUGAUGGAGGGGUACCAGGGGGCGGUGUCGGGGUUUGGGGUGCCCAGCCAUGGAUGGAGGAUCUGCCUCGCUCACCAGUAUGAGGAGAAGAGGAAACCCUUCCGGCUGGAACACGUCUCCCCCACCACCGUCCUCCACCACCUGCCUAUGGGCCUCAGGUACCUCAUGUGGUGGUGCCGCAAGACCUAUGUGGAGAAGAAAGCGCCAUUCAUAGACAUGUUCAACGCCACCCCCCUGCGCCAGAUAUACGGUGCUCCUCUCGGUGGUAUCGGAGGAGGAACCAUCACCCGCAGCUGGUCUGGAGAGUUCUGCCGGUGGCAGCUGAAUCCCGGCCUAUACCACUACAAGGCGGUGACAGAAAACCAGUUCACAGUGUGCGUCCGGCGUCGCGGUGAGACCGUCUACCAACAAGUGUUAUCAGUGGAGCGGCCGCACACCCUGCAGGGCUGGAACUGGGGCUACUGCGGCAACCAGGCGUUCUAUCACGCUUUGUACCCCCGAGCCUGGACCGUCUACCACCUUCCCGGGCAGAACAUCACCCUGACCUGCCGCCAGAUCUCACCCAUCAUCCCGCAUGAUUACAAGGACUCCUCUCUGCCGCUGGCCGUCUUUGUUUGGGAUGUGGAGAAUUCUGGUGAUGAGGAGGCUGAAGUGUCCAUCAUGUUCACCAUGAGGAAUGGAAGUGGCACCAAGACAGACAAGGCCGGGGGCCAUUGGAAUGAGCCAUUUCAUCUCAGCAGAGAGGGGGGGCAGUGUCUGGUGUGCUGCUUCAUCACUGUACUGCCGUCAAUGCAUUCACUCUGGGCAUAGCCGUACGAGAGAGGCCCGGGAUACACAUAUCCCAUUGUACGGAGUUUGACCCCAACGGGAUGGGACUGGACAUUUGGAAAGACUUGCUGGAAGACGGACGUUUGAACUCCACCCCUAGCCCGAGUUCUCACACCGUGAAGGGGAAGAAGAUCGCAGCGGGUGUGGCAGGAGGGUGCUCAGUGAGCUCCGGGGGACGCGGGACUUUGGAAUUCUGUCUGUCCUGGGACAUGCCCCGGAUCCGCUUCGGUUCAGGAGAGAGAGAGAGUACUGCCGACGGUACACACUUUUUUUUUUCGGCACUCAGGGGAAUGCGGCAUCAGCUCUUUGUCAUUAUGGUUUGUCCCACUAUGAGGAAUGGGAGCGGAGGAUGGAGGCCUGGCAAGACCCGAUCCUGAGAGAUGAACGGCUCCCCUCCUGGUACAAGUCGGCAUUGUUCAAUGAGCUGUAUUUCAUGGCGGAUGGUGGUACGGUGUGGGUGGAGCUCCCGGCUGACAGCUGUGAUGACGACGAUCUGAUGAAGAUUGGAGGGAAGGAGAUCCCCGGCAUGAAGAGUCUCCUGGAGGAGUACGGGCGCUUCGCCUACCUGGAGGGUCAGGAGUAUCGGAUGUAUAACACAUACGAUGUACAUUUCUACGCCUCGUUUGCACUCAUCAUGCUGUGGCCACAGUUGGAGCUCAGUCUGCAGUAUGAUAUGGCGGCGUCAGUUAUCCAGCAGGAUCUGGAGCAGAGACGCUAUUUAAUAAUGAGCGGGAAUUUGGCUCCUGUGAAGACGAGAAAUGUGGUCCCCCAUGACGUUGGUGACCCAGAUGAUGAGCCGUGGCAGAGACUCAACGCUUACAUCAUCCAUGACACCGCCGACUGGAAGGACCUAAAUCUCAAAAUUUGUGCUGCAAGUCUAUCGAGACUAUCACAUGACCAAGAGCGCCUCCUACCUCCGAGACAUGUGGCCGAUCUGCCGGGUGGUCAUGGAGUCGUCUCUAAGAUUCGAUCAGGACGGCGAUGGUCUGAUUGAGAACUCCGGCUUCGCUGACCAGACGUACGACGGUUGGGUGAUGACAGGACCCAGCUCGUACUGUGGGGGUCUCUGGCUGGCAGCGGUGUGUAUGACGUGUCAGAUGGCGGAUCUCCUGGGUGAACGGAAUGCGCCCGGAUGGCAAUGUGGAUACUUCCAGCGUCCAGUCGGAUGA